AUGAAUACAAUAUCGUCAAUGCUAGUUCAGAGAUUAACUCCAAGUGUAAAUUUAAAAAGAAUAAGUUCUGGGCAUUUGAUGAAGCAUUUCGAAAAUGUGUGUGAGCAUAUAUUUGAUAUAUAUAAAUAUAAAAUAGUAAAAGGAGGAGAGAGAAAAAGGUAUCAUAAUAAUUUAUUGAAAAUAAAAAAAAAUAAUGAACUUAGAUCAGAGUUAAGGAAAUAUAAAAGAAGAAGAGAUUCAGUUGUUGAUAAAAUUAAUAAAAAUGAAAUAUUUAAACAAGUAUAUCAACUUAUGGACAAAGCGAUGGUUUUACUACCCGAGUUUAGUCCUCAAGAUGUACUUCGUUUAUUAUAUGGGAUGUUAAAAAUAAAGAUAUAUGAUAGAAAUAAAAAACGACGGAAAAAAAUAUUAAAAUAUAUAGAGUAUUAUAUAUUAGAACAACAUAUAUUAAAAAAUAAGUGCAAUAAUAUAGAUAAUUUUUGGGGAGGUAUAAAUAUAAAUGAUAUAGUAAUGCUGUUUAAACUUUUUAUUUUAAAUGAUUGUUAUUCUUAUAAUUUGUUAAAACUUUUAAUGGAAAACAUUUUAAAAAAUAUAAAUAAUAUGAUACCAUCUGAUUUAGUACUUUUUUUAAAUUCAUAUCAUAUAUAUUUAAAAAAAAAAAAAAAGAUUAAUAGAUAUACUACAAAAGAAAUAAAAAUACAAAAUGAUUAUUUACAACAGAUAUAUAAAAAUAUUAUAAAUAAUUUAGACUUAACAAAUAAGGAAGUAUCACAUUUUGUCUUGUUUUGUUUGUUUGAAAAGAAUGAUAUAAUAUUAAAUAAUCAAGUUGAAAUAUAUACCAAAUUAAUGAGACAUAUAAAAAGAACAAUAUCUAUAUACUCUCCUGUGCAGAUAAAAAGUUUUUUAUUUUAUUUUUUUACAAUAAAUAAUAGGAUAAUGAAAGAUUACAAAAUUAAUAAUACUGAUAUAUAUAAUAAAGAUAAAUUAAUACCUUUUUUACAAUGCCUAUUCAAACAAUAUAACAAAAGGUGUAUAGAUAUAAAAAUCGAAGACGAGUUACAUAUUUUAAAUAUGUCAGUAAAAAAUGAUUAUUAUGAUUAUACAAGUUUAGAGAAUAUAAUAUUUAAUAUAAAAAAUAAUAUUUCCCAUUUAAAUAAUAAUAAAAAUAUUAUAAAAUUUAUUAAUUUAAUUUUAAGAUUUAAAAAUGUAAAUAAAACAACUUUUAUACAAAAUGAUCAAAUACAAUUUGUAAAUUAUAUGCUCAACCAAGUUAUAAUAUAUUGUAUUAAUUUUAUUCAAUUUAAAUAUAAAUAUAUUCCUUGGAAAUUUAGACAUAUUUUUAUAAAGCAUAAUAUUUACAACCUCCUUGAGGAUGAUAAUAAAAAAAGAACCAACCAGCUAACAUCGAAAUAA